AUGACCCGAAUAGACGGUAUAAUAAUACUUGAUUCAAAUGGAAAACCCCUGAUAUCAUCACAUUUCCCACUGCAUCCACCUUCUUACCCCUCCUUGCACAUAGACACAUUCAAUACAGCGCGCAAAAAAGCUUUUGCCGAAAACGAAGAACUGGAGCCGGUGAUAUGGGUAAACACAUUAGCUAGAGGAGGUGGAAGUAUGUCAGGCGCAGGAUUAUGUCAUGUUCAAAGAGAAGGACUGUGUUUCCUAGUUCCAAUAGGACAAGAAGUCAAUCCUUUAUUUGCUUUUGCUUUUUUAGAUUCUUUCCUGGAUACGUUAAGGGAAUACCUGGGUGAUAUAAGUGAAACUAACAUAAAAGAUAAUUUCGAUAUAAUAUACAUGCUUAUAGAAGAGAUGCUGGAUGAAGGACAUCCGAUGACGAUGGAAACGAACAUGUUGAAAGAAAUAGUGUUACCGCCGACGUUAAUGAGGAAAUUACUGAACGUAGCAGGUGUAUCUGGACUACAAACGCCAACUACUCAACCUUUUACAGCACCAAUACCUUGGCGAAGACCAGGUGUGAGACAUUCUUCAAAUGAGAUUUAUUUCGAUACUGAAGAAUCGUUAGAUGCGAUCGUGGACAAAAGAGGCAAUGUACUAUCUUCUGCGAUUUGGGGAAGGAUAAAUUGUAAUUCUAGAUUAUCAGGUAAUCCUGAUUUACUUUUGAGUUUCUCCAAUCCCAAAGUACUGGACGAAUGCGCUUUUCAUCCUUGUAUACGGUAUAAUAAAUGGGAAAGGAAUCGUAUACUCUCAUUCAUACCACCAGAUGGGAAAUUCAAAUUGUUAGAAUACCAGUCAACAUCAACGACUUCAAAAAACCAAGUUCCCAUAGGAGUGAAAGGGAAUCUAGUUCUUGAACCUAAUGGAGGUCGUUUCUCACUCACUCUCACAUCACGCGUAUCGAGUAAGCCAUUAGAAGAUAUAACAAUUUCGAUCUAUUUGGGCAAAGGAGCUACGUCAGUCAGUGCUACUGCACAAGGAGAUCGGAAACCCCUAGGAACAAGGAAUGAGGAAGGUGCAGCGAAUGGGUAUGUCGGAGGAGGAAAUUGGGAAUUCGAUCCUCAUUCUCAGAUUUUGAGAUGGACCAUAACAUCCCUCGUAUCGACAGAAAGAUCACCCACAUUAACAGGUUCAUUCGUUUCUACUGAAUCACAACCGACACCUUCACCGUCGUUCGAUAUCUCAUUCAGCAUCCAACAUCACUCCUUCUCAAACCUUCGGGUGGAUCAACUGAAAGUACAAGGUGAUGUGAUGUACAAGCCAUUCAAGGGGGUUAGGCAGCUAGCUCGGAGUGGGAAAGUUGAAGUGAGAUGGUAG